AUGAUUGCGACUACUGAUUGUUACUCGCCGGCGCAGCUUUCAGUGGCGCCGCCAUUGCACUCUAGUUCCCUUUCCGCCUACAACACAUGCGCUCUUGGAUUUAUUGCUACCAGUUGCUUGCAUCAUCAUAUCAACAUUUCUAUUUAUUCGAUACAAUCAAUAAAUUUCUAUCUCUAAUCUUUCUAGAGCAGAAUAUUUUUUUUUAGAAAUUUAUUCACUAAGGUCGUCUGCUAAUCAACAUGCUCCUGCACGAGUUUCAAUGAUUGUUUCUCGAAGAAAGAAUUAAACUAAAGAGGGUUAAUUCCAAUUUUUGGAGUCGCCUAAAGAACGAUCUUGUUUAUGAUGAUGUUUAUAUUUUCAUAGAGAUCAGUCUCCAUAGGGAAAAAUCGAUAUGGAUUGAGGGGCUUCUUGUUCAUAACAAUGUUGGGGAUCGCAUUUUUGUCGAUCUCAAACGCUCGCUGUAAACCUUCUUUCGACCAGUUGUUAUUAACAUACUAGCGAUGAUAAAGCAUAAAUUACUUAACUGGCAUUGAAGGAUUGUAGUUGGUUAACUAAUCAUUAGACAGAAUUUUUUAACGGCGAGCGAUAUUGUUUGAUGACAAUCCUUCACCUCCAUCUUUACCCCAAGAGAUCAAAUAUUUUAUAAAAUGUUAAAAAAAAUGAACAGUAUUAAACAUAACACAAAGAAAAAGAUAAAAUAAGCUUUUUCAUCAGAAACAAAAGUGAUCCCAUCUGAAAGAUAAACCUUAAGCGAUCCCAUUUGCUCCUACAAAAGAAAAAUAUCGUCUGAAGUUUCGGAGCAAUAAAUUUAGAAAUCAACAAAAGAAUCAACGAAAAUAUUGUGAUAGUUUUUUUUUCUUACAAUGAUUGGAUAAUAACAAAAAUAUUUUCAUCAUUUUUUCGUGACCAAAAGACGUAAAUUAACGAUAACGUAAUUGACGAUACUCAUUGCAGCAGGGAAUUUCAAUCAACAGAUUAAUGAUGAAAUAAGUCAUAUAAUGUACAAGAUGUCGUUUUUCUUCAUAUAAAAGCACAAGUUAAGGUCAAGACCCUGAGUAGUCUGUCGAUAGCCAUAGACGAUUUAACAUUUUACUUAUUCGAAGAUCCAGCUCGUAAAUUAUAUAAUUGAGGAAGUUUUGAAUCAAUUAAUUAAUUGCUUCAUUUAUAUUACAUUUUUGUGAUAUAUUUUUUUCGUAAAUAAAUAAAUAAACAUCGGAACAGGAAAUAGAAGAGGAAAAGAUUUUUUUUCGAAUAAAUCAAUCAGAGGAUAAAGAGAUAUUUAUUAAAUCAACUUGAAAGUUUCAGCUAGAAUAAACAGACAGAAAAGCAUCAAAAUUAGCAGUUCAAGAAGAAAAAAUGGACCUCUUGAACCUAGGAUUCUUGGCGCUUGAGUUGCAAGAUUUAAAAGUGAGUGACGCAAAUUUGGUAUCAACAUCAAAAAGAAGAAUCUCAAAAAAUGAAAAACUGGGUGACAACUGGAACAAUAACAGUGAUAAUAACAGAAAAAAAAUUGAUAACAAUGACAGUAUUAAUAACACUGAUAAGAGAAAGAUAUUAUCAAUCAUUUCAUUAGGAGAAUUAGCACUGCAUGAUAGUAUUACCGACUGUUGGAUUGCAAUUAAUGAUUACGUUUAUGACUGUACGGAAUUUAUCAAGAGUCAUCCUGGUGGAGUGGAUAUCAUAGGCGAGUAUGCAGGUCGAGAUGCAACAAUAGCUUUCAUCGGAACUGGACACUCAAGAAUGGCAUUUGAGAUCUUGAAUAAUUAUCUUAUUGGAGAACUGCCAACUCAAGAAAGGCUUUUCCGUAGAGACGGCGGUAUCAAGAUGUUGAUUAACCUCUAAAGGAAUUUAUUAUACAAUAAAAAAAAUUUAUUUAGUCGUUUAAAUACAUAAAUAAUAAUUGCACUUGUAAAAAAAUAAUUUUUGCAGUUAAAUUAGCUAGAUAGCAUUUUCACUAGAGAUAUUGAGAAUCAUCACACAUCAACUACUGCCAAUAAAAGAGAAUAAUUGUACUGGAGUAUUAUUUAUGAUUUAAUAAAUAAAUAAAUAAAUAAAUAAAUAAAACAAA